AUGCAUGUGAUAUACCCCACCUUACAUGGACAGAAAGCUUCCAUGCAUAAAAUAACCAACACCACCGAUGCAUCACAGCACCAUGCUCUCACAUCAGCCACUUGCUUACUAGACAUCUCUCUUUACCAACGAAUUGAACCGCUUAAGCAAUAUCUGCAUAUGCUCAGCACUCAAGAUCGCGAUUCAACCACAGCCUUUACUGCUACCAACACGAGCCCCUCAUCCGUACGGUGA